AUGGCUGAAGAGCCCUCGGUGAAGAGCACGACCCGCCCUCAGGCAGAAGUGGAGCCGUUCGUUUGUGCCGACUGCGAGGCUGUGCCGACUCCAGAGGUUGAUGGCUGGGAGGCAACCAAGCAGGUCUUCCGAACCCUCGGUUCGCUGUGCGGAGGAGGCAGUGAGGUGCCAACAGUUGUCACAGAAAAUUUCCACGAGCUGCACGCUCGCUUGCUUUCCGGUGAAAUGGUGAAGUUCGCCAUGUUCAAGAACACGGUGACCUUGGUUGUCAACGUGGCAACCAAAUGUUUGACGAAGCAAAACUACGCUGAAUUGUUUGACAUCUGCACAGAGCUGAAAGCUGAGCCUUUCGAAGUGCUGGCCUUCCCAUGCAACCAGUUUGGAAAGCAGGAGCAGGGCACACCGGAGCAGAUCGCAACUUUCGUUGAAGGCAGUUUGCCCGAUGAUGCAAAGUAUUCUCUUUUCGAGAAGGUCCAUGCGAAUGGUCCUCAUGCCCAUCCCGUCUAUCACUUCUGCAGGUACAAUGCAGCAGCCACCAGAUCGGGAAGAUACAUGAAGCCCAUACCCUGGAAUUUCGCAAAAUUCCUCAUUGACAAGGAGGGCCGUGUCGUCGAGUACUACAGCCCAAAGGUGCCUCCCUCGAAGAUCCUGCCAGACAUCAAGGCAGUUCUCGCAGGCACAAAGCAGGGCCUGCCUUCGCAGAAGCCAACUGCGGGUUCCGAUGCUCCGCAAGGUUUUCUGCUCAGCAGCGACAGGCCACUGGUGCGUUGA